CACCUUUAUCAACGAGCAGUUAAUCCUGCUGAAGAAACUUUCACAGUCUAAAGAAAUUUGAGGUAGAGAUAUUAGGACCCGAUAGAUGGCAGUAGUGCAAAAAUAGUGGAUUCAAGCUGCCGUUAAAACCAAGAAGAAGAAGAAGACGAAGACGAAGACAGCACAUGGUCUGUUUAGUUGAAUCUUCCAGUGUUUCUCUAAAAAUGUCUUCAGUCCAUCUUAAACGAGUUUAUCAACGAGCGGUUAAUCCUGCUGAAGAAACUUUCACAGAGUUUAAAGGAAUCAUCGUCAAGUCGGAGGACGAGAUGGACGAUCAGCGCAGACUGCUGGAUUUCUCCAGGACUUCCCGGAUUAUCUUACACCGGAUAGAUUCCCUGCGGUGUAACAUUUAUAAGAAGGAGAGGAGAUCCACUCUGGACCAGGAGGAGUUAGAACCUCUGCAGGUGAAACAAGAACAGGAAGAACCAGAAGAUCAGCAGAUAAAAGAAGAGCAGGAGGAUCUAAAAUACCAGCAGAUAAAAGAAGAGCAGGAGGAUCUAGAACACCAGCAGAUAAAAGUGGAAGAGAAAGAAGUUUACUGCAGUCAGGGUGAAGAACAGGUUGAGUUAAAACAGGAGACUGAUACCUGCAUGUUGGUUCCUGUUGAUGAGCAAACAUCCCACACUGAAUCAGAACUAAACAGGAAUCAAGUCAUCUUCCAGGAAUCUGCUGAAAUUGAGAACCAAAAUCAGGAAAGAAGAAAACCUUUCUCAUGUGUGACUUGUGGAAAAUGUUUUAGUCUAAAAUGGAGUUUAACUCGGCACAUGAGGAUUCACACUGGUGAAAAGCUGUUUUCAUGUGUGACCUGUGGAAAAAGUUUUUAUGAAAAACCGAAUUUAACUAGGCACAUGAGGAUUCACACUGGUGAAAAGCCGUUUUCAUGUGUGACCUGUGGAAAAAGUUUUAGUCACAGAUGGAAUUUAACUCGGCACAUGAUUAUUCACACUGGUGAAAAGCCGUUUUCAUGUGUAAAUUGUGGAAAAAGUUUUAGUCAAAAACAGAAUUUAACAAAGCACAUGAUGAUUCACACUGGUGAAAAGCCGUUUUCAUGUUGGAGCUGUGGAAUAAGUUUCAGUCAAAAAGAGCAUUUAACUGGGCACAUGAUGAUUCACACUGGUGAAAAGCCGUUUUCAUGUGUGACCUGUGGGAAAGGUUUUAGUGGAAAAAACGGCUUAACUCGGCACAUGAUUAUUCACACAGUGUUUCCUCCUCCUGGAGCUGCUGCCUGGUGGCGGUUCACAGCGAACAGUGGGGAAGAGGAAGCGCUGCAGGAGUAUUUAUACAGGUGA